CAAAAUAGUUUGUUGACACAUCUGUCUCCUAAAAUAGUAUAUAAAUGAACUUAUUCGUGGAAAUACAUCAGAAUUCGUCAAAGUACCAACAAAUAGCAUGUGGAAGUUAACACUCCUGGUAGCCAUUGUGGCUAAUCUCGCUACAUCCUAUGGAAGUGAGUAUAUGGAUAGACUGACGAUGACAAUGAGCGAGGCUAUUAAUUCACGGUUCAGUUGUAGCAAUUUUGUAACUGACGAAUACACUGAACAAUGUGAUGAAAUUCAUUCGGGAUACGACAUCGAUGUAUUAAAAAAACAAUAUGACCAAGCAAAUUCCGGUCUAGGAGGUACAUGCAUUUACCAACUAAAGCGCACGCACGCCGAACCCCAAAUCACUUCUGUGUCUGCACUCAUAAAAUUAAUGAGUCAGAUAUGUCUCAAUGCUCAGGGCUUGACACGCACACAGUGUUACAAUCUUCUUAAUUUUAACAACAACGAAGAGAUGAGAUAUUUUGUGCCGAAAAUUGAUGAUGUAUUUCCAAAAUCCCAAGAUUUCAUCUCAACUGUCAAAACUGUUAUAUUUGCUCGCUCUGAUAACGACUUUAGUGAACAUUUUAAAUCAUGCUUUGGUCAACUUGCUAAAGGUGAAACUAAAGUGAUUGAUUUUGGUAACCUUGAAAACGUGGCCAAUGCAAUAAACCAAUGGUUCAAUGCUUCGUCCUUGUAUUAUGAAGAAGUUGUUACUGCUGAUGAUAUCGAUGAUGAUGUAGUUAUGAUGACCGGUAGCCACCACCACGUCGAGGUUGCCUUUAAAGACUUUAACUUCAAAGAACAAGUUGAUCACGAUUUCAUAAUCAGUAAGGAUAACAUUGUUUCUCAAAAAUUGUGGUCUGGUGAGGGAUAUGGAAAAGUUUCUUACAAUGAGGAACUGGGUGCUACGGUCCUUCAAAUUGCUUUGAAAGGUGAUCGCCAAGCAAUAAUCUUACAUCCAAAAGUUGGAGGCCUGGAAGACAUGCUGUUCAAGCUCAGAGAUAGCAGUGUGGUUCUUAAUUUGAAUGCUGAAACAGAAUGGGAGUACAUCAACGUGGUUAUGCCUAUAAACGAACACAACUAUGGAAAAGAAAAUUUUGUUGAUGGUCUUAAGCUCGCUAAUCAAAUUUCACUGAUGUAUCUUCCUGGUUUCGACGGUUUCCGUGGGAUUUUCGAAAACCAAUCUGGCCACUUAAGUCACAUGUUCCACACAAUGUAUAUGAAAGUGAAUGGUUUGGGAGCUUCAGAGAACCCAUGUGCAUUAGAAAAUCUUGAACCAAAACAUACUGUGAACAUUGACAGCGCAUUUGCUUACUACGUGGUUAACUCUGGAUCACCUGAGAUUAUAGGAACUUGGUGGUACUAAACUGUACUAGUAAUAAGGAGUUGAGUUUAGAAGAAAGUAUUAAUAAUAUAAUUUAACCCUAAUUUUUUCCUUUGGGCAAAUAAAAUAAAAGUCUGUAUAAUAAUA